AGUCAGCAGCUGGAAGCAGCCCGGCGAGGUCGCCAGUCCGGCUGGGGGGUAGUGUCGUGUCAGUGCGGUGCUGUGGCACGGCGUCUCACAUAGUGAGAGUGCCCGUCUAACAGCAGUGGUCAGUUGUUGUGUCGGUGUUAUACGUACGAGGUGUAGGUGGGAAGUGUAGUGAGUUGAGUGAGGCAUGGGUGUGGACCGGAGACGACGUUACAGGGCCGGGGGUGACCGGUAUAGAGGAGACCUCGGGCGGUAUGAGACAGACGGUAUGUCCAUGGUGGUCACAGGCGGCCUGGUGGGCGUCUCUCCGCCGUCCGGGGCGGCCAUUCCCUCUCACGUGACCUCCGCCGCGAGUCGGAUGGAGUCGCGCAAACGGCGGGACAGCACCGAGUCGGAGUCACGCUCCAGUCCCGGCAGCGGAGAGGACCACUCGCCCAACAAGAUCUUCGUGGGAGGCAUCAGCUUCCAGACGACGCCGGAGAAACUGCGCGCCUACUUCGCGCCGUACGGUACCAUACUGGAUGUCAUGGUGCUCAAAGACCAGGCGACUAACCGAAACCGCGGCUUUGGCUUCGUCACGUUCGCCGACAUGGAGUCUGUGAACAAGGUGCUCAGCCAGGAGGAACACAUGCUGGAUGGCAAGAAGAUCGACCCCAAGUUGGCCACGCCCAAGGGCCAGAAGUCGUCCGGUGACCUGCUCAUCCCGCGAAAGGUGUUUGUCGGCGGAGUCAGCCAGGAGACCACCUCACAGGAGCUGCUGGAGUACUUCUCCCAGUUCGGAAAGGUGCUGGAGUGCUCGCUACAGAUGGACAACAACACCAAACGACACCGCGGCUUCGCGUUUGUCACUUAUGAGAACGAGGAACACAGCGCGAGGGUCGUCAAGAAACAUCAUCACGUGGUGAAGAGUAAGACGGUGGAGUGCAAGUACGCGCAGCCGAAGGAGACGAUCCAGGCGACGGAGCGAGCCAAGCGGGCGCAGCUGAUCUCUGUGAUGCAGUCGGCGGCGGCAGCGGCGGCGGCCGGCGGCGGCGGCCCGCUGGCGCCGCUGCAGCAGCACUACGGCCGGGUGAUGUCGGCCACCGGCGGACCGGCCUUCUCCACCCUCUCCAGUUUCCGCUACUCGCCUUACUCGGUCCCCGUGGCAGCGCAGCAGCAGCUCGGUCAGCAGGGGCAGCUGAUCAACCAGCAGCAGCCCGGUCAGCUGAUCAGUCAGCAGCCCGGCCAGCUGAUCAGCCAGCAGCAGGGACAGGUGCUGACCGCGAUGCCCGCGCCGAUGACGCCGGUCAGCUCGGCGGCGUUUCAGAGCCAGGGGGCGCUGCCGACGCUGCAGAACCUGCCGACGCUCCAGCCGUCCGUCAGCACGCCCUACCAAUUUACCAACAUCGACGUGUCCAGCCUGCAGGGCCUGGACUGGAGCGCCGCCGCGCCUCUGUACGGCAUGUACACCGGCUAGGAGAUGGCUCCCCCGCCGCCGCCGCCGCCGCUGGCCGCCCUGCAGGCGGCGACGGCAGCGCUCCUGGCGGCGGGAGGCGGAACCAUUGCUCAUCAUCACCUCCGCCGGCCGGGCCGGCGCCACCUCCGCAGCCGCCGGCGCUCCUCAGGGCUCUAAGUUAUUUGUUGCGCGUGGCUCUCGGAGCGCCGGACUACCAGCCGCGCCCACCACAGGUGUCCGGGGAGAUCUCAGUAGCAGCCGACCCGUAGUACAACACAUCGCCCCCACCGCGCCUUGUCCAGCCUACCUGGUCCCUAGCGCUGGCGAAAUAACGGCGCCAGAUGGCGAAAACCAAAACCGUAACCCAUCUCACUUUGAAACGUGGGAAUCACUUGCAAGGGAGCUUGUGCAAUCAAAAGUUUAGUUUAAGGUUCUUUGGAUUAUUUAUUGUUAUUUAUUUGAUAUCAUUCGCGUUCAAUACUGCAAGAACGCGAUGUCAAAAAGGUAGCGUGCCACUCAAAAGGUAGUGAGCCGAGCUCAUGUCUCGGCGUUCCGUGCCCAACCAGGUCUUCCAAGAGUCCAGGGCGCCGACCUGGCGCCCUGUCUCACGGCGCCCGCCCGCUGCCGGGUCAGGAAUCGUCCCGGUGAGACAGCGGACCGGUCGGCGGCUCCACCUACAGGGUAGAUAUGCUCGGCAUAUCAGGUAAGACGAGCUUUGUUGCUGAAGUGCUGAUUCUUGAUGGCAAUAAUGUCCCCAUUGACCCCUGGCGGCGCCUGAGCACUGUGGGUGGUGCGCCCUCCACUCGUGAGCUCGGGAGGCUUAGCUGAGCUAUCGGAAUGUGCCAAGCAAGGGGUGGUUUGUUUGAAAAGAGAUUGAGGAGUGAAAAACAACCUCAGGCACCUGGGGAUAUGGAGAGCUCCCUCUGUGCCAAAUGUGACCUCAGUCCUCGUAGAUUGCAGUUCCUUGCAGGCAGCUGCAUUUGUAUAUCCCAUUCGCGAAUAGUCACAUGAAGCAUCCUCUAGCAUUUUUCGACGAAAGUGAUUCGUGUAUCGUCACGUAGCGUUUUCACAGUCACUUUACUCCUUACAUCCUGCGAUUUCCCCUCACCGUCUCUUAUUUCGUUUCUCCUCAGCAGGUAUGUUCUAGUGUUGUAUUUUAGCGUAUACCGUGGCCAUGCGACUUAUUUGGUGUUAUACCAGAUUCGUGUCGUGUACCAAAGGCUCGCAGUAGGUAUGCGUGAAAUCAGGCUGGUAGCAGUGCCUCUCUAGAAAAUGUUCCUGACCUUGACCUUGACACUGUGACCUGACCUCCUGGUCAUCACGUGGUGUCUGUAUCUCGACUGUAGCCUGUGGGCAAUUCUCCUGGAGUCCUGACCUCUCCCAGUACUCGUGACUCUGUGUCUAUCUUCCGUCGAGACUGUGUUCACGAGUAGGUAGCGUAGAAUUUGGUCUGACCACCAGACCACCAGUGCAGAGCGACCCUUUUGUAUUGUAAAUAUCUAGUGCAGGAAGAGCCUUAGGUCGCACCCUUGCAGUAUUCGGUCGAGCGCGUGUGCCGCGCACAGCGGUAAUUAUCUCAGUGCGUGAAACCUGCAGUGUAGUUCAGCAAUAAACAGUUUUUCUGCC